AUGAAAGAACUAAAACUUUCAAAACGUCCGUUAGUAAAUGUAAGAAACUCACGAAUGACAAAAUAUCGACAAAAAGUUAAAGUAUUGGAAAAUCGAAAAAAAAAUGGACAAACUCUUUAUCAACUAUUAAAUAAUCACAAUACUGGUGGUUCUUCUGAUGGUAAUUUUGGUGAUGGUUCUUCUGAUAGUGAUGGUUCUAGUGUUGAUUUCAGUGGUAGUUCUUUUGGUAGUAAUUUUGGUAGUGAUUCUUUUGAUGGUAAAGAUGGUUCCAAUGGUAAUUUUUUUGGUGGAGAUAGUUCCAAUAGUGAUGGUUCCAAUAAUGAUGAAAUAUGGUUUGCUCAUUGUAUUAGAAGUUGGGCUAAAGCAUUUAUUGAAUAUGGCGACAUUUCUAAAAGUAAUCAUGGAAAACAUUUUAGGGGAAGCAGUAUUCUUGAUGAUAAGGAUGUUCAAUUAAAAGUAACAUCAUAUUUACAACAACACAAAUUUAAUACAACUGUUUAUAACUUUCAUGAUUAUAUUUCUAAUGAAAUUUUGCCUUCUGUUGGCAUAGAAGAAAAAACUAAAAUCAG